GUCAGACCGUUGCUUACCAGGAUGUGGGUGUUCGGCUACGGCUCUCUCACUUGGAAAGUAGAUUUUCCAUAUAAGAGAAAGAUUACGGGCUAUAUCAAUGGUUUUGCGAGAAGGUUUUGGCAGGGGAGCACAGACCACCGCGGUGUACCAGGAAAGCCCGGCCGGGUGGUGACUCUUGUGGAGAUCCCCGAGGAAUCUGUAUGGGGAGUUGCAUACGAAGUAGCAGAGGACGAUGUUGCCAGUGUUUCCCAGCACUUGGACUUCAGAGAGAAGGGAGGAUACACGAAACAUUCGGUCCUGUUUCACCCUGCAGACACCUCCGUCCAACCCUUCACUUUACUGCUGUACAUAGGAACUGACACAAACCCAGAGUUUCUAGGAGAUGCACCCCUGAGUGAAAUAGCCGAACAGAUAGCUCAUUCAGUCGGACCCAGUGGAAAGAACACAGAGUAUCUUUACCAACUAGCAGAGGCUAUGAGGACACUUGUGCCACACAAACCAGAUACACAUUUAUUUGAGCUGGAGAGACUAGUUAAAGAGAUAGAGACUCAGAGUCAUAAUAACUGUAUGGGCAUAUACAGUAUAUGUGAGAUCAUGUUGGUGCAAUACACGAUGAGGCCGCUGGAGGGCGUCUCGUGGCAAAGUUCAGGAUCAGUGUCAUCCGGGUUUACACCUGUCAGCUGGUGCGAACACUCGGGGGUGUUGGGUUGGGAACUUGGGCUACACAUGUGGAUUUUCGGCUAUGGUUCGCUCAUUUGGAGCGUGGACUUUCCCUACCAGAAGAAGAUGACAGGUCACAUCAAAGGGUUUUCUCGUCGAUUUUGGCAGGGAAGCAUUCGUUAUCGAGGCAACCCCGGCAAGCCAGGGAGGGUGGUGACACUGGUACAGGACCCCGAGGAUUGUGUAUGGGGAGUUGCAUAUCAACUUCCAGAGGACAACCUGGACAGUGUUCUGGAGCAUUUGGCCUUUAGGGAAGACAUCUACUACAAGGAGUCCGUGCUCUUCUAUCCAGUAGACUCCUCCACCCAGCCCUUUGGUGUGAUGGUUCACAUUAGUGUUAAAAAUGAGAACAACCCACACUAUCUGGGCCCUGCCUCCAUAGAAGACAUGUCACAGCAGAUAGUGCACAGUUCUGGAAGUGCAGGGAGGAACUCGGAGUAUGUGUACAAGCUAGCAGAGUUCAUGAGGACAGUGGCACCAGAUAAACAGGAUGAUCAACUAUUUAACUUAGAGAGAAUGGUUAGAGAAAGGGAGACAAAUUGCAUUGAAUAGAAGUCCUUUGAGCUUUGUUAUAAGUCAGUAAUCUACAGUCUCUGCUGGUAUAAAAUUGUCUUGAGACAGGACA